AUGGGAAUAUUUGGCAAUUUCUUGGCGACUUUGGAUGAUGAUAUUUCAGGGAAAUUCAAUAAAUCAUCCCAUUCAUAUUUUGGAAAAAAAAAGCUGAUGACAGCUAAUUUCUUACAAAAUGACAAGCUGCUUACUUUUACCAAAUACAUUCGAGAAGAGGGACUCUCUGAUAGGCACACACGCGGUGAACAAACGAAAGUCGAAGUUGAACAAGUCUGUGCUGUAGUUGUCAAGCAAACUUUCGUGGAAUUAUUGCAACCUCAACAUAGGAGUUCAAAGGAUGGAUAUUUUGUUCAGUGA